AUGGUGUGUCCUCAGCUGCUGCACGACCAGGUGGGCGUGGUGGACUAUGCUCCGUACAAGGCCCUCUUCAUGCAGACUCUGUCCAGAGGUCGUUCCUGCUUCCUGGGUCUGCCCUGUCUGCCCUCUCUGUCCUGUCUGUCCUCUCUGCCCUGUCUGCCCCCUCUGCCCUCUCUGCGAGGUCACCCCCAGAGGAACUGGAAGAUCCUUCUGGGACAAACUUCGAGCUCAGGACAUCACUGGCAGGAGGCCAAGGCCAAGAUGGAGGACAUGUUCAUGGAUCUGAUCCGUGUGUCGGCCAAUGAGGUCCUCAGGGCGCUGGUGACCGGGAAGUGCCUUUAUGAGUGUUCCCCUGGUGAGGUGCAGGUGUCGCACACAGGAGUCAGAGCUUCUCUCAGCCCCAUCUUCAGAACCUUCCUGAAAACCAAGUCCACAGAUGAGUUCGUCGCCCUGGACCGAGUCAUCAAACUCCUCAGUGCAGAAGUGACUAAGACGGUCAACUCUGUGCUGAAGGACAACUGUGGCUUUGAGAGUCUGCUGCUGGUGGAGCAGAAGGACUGCUCCACAGCACGGAGCACUCUGCACCACAUCGCUGCUCAGGCUUCUAUGUUCCUGCCCCACAUGACCUUCUCCGACCAGUGGGACCGACUCAUCCAGGCCGAGAUCUCCAAAGGUCUCACUGAGAGCCACCUGAAAACAGAGGUGCUGGAAGUGGAGACGUCCAUCGAAGCCUGA